AGUCUCAGUUUCGUUUCAACUUUCGAGUGACAACAAUGAAAAGUAAUAAGAUCGCGGAAAGCUUCAAUCUUAAAGCAAGCGAGUGCUUGGCAGCUGGCAAGUACACAGAAGCUUUAGAGAAUUACAAUCAAUCGCUUCGUUUCGCUGUAAACAAGUCCCAAAUGUUAUCAGACGCAUACGCAGGCCGCUCUAAAAUCUACUAUGAAGUUAAUCAACUCGAAAAUUGUCUCAAAAAUAUUAAGAAAUCCCUUCAAACAUGUAUCAAUGAUGAGAAAUGCAGAAAAAUUGAAUCACUGCGCGAAAAGUGUCUCGAUCAAAUAAAUCUUUCGACAUCUGAAAAGAAAGAAAAUGUCACAAGUGAAUUUUUCAAGUUGUCACACCCACAACAUAAGCGAGUUCCUUUUAUCGCUGGUUGUUUGGAAGUUCGUGAGAAUGAUGUUUAUGGUCGAUACAUUGCAACAACGAGUGAUUUAAAGCCUGGCGAUAUUGUCGUUAUUGAGGAACCUUUCUACAAGGUGCUCGAUCCUAAGCGUCGUCACACACGUUGCGCAAUCUGCUUGAAACAAAAUAUGCUGAACCUCUUCCCAUGCGUUAAAUGUUCAAACGCAAUGUUUUGCUCACGUGUAUGCAGUGAGUCUGUUGUUCAUCGUUAUGAGUGUAACGACUCGAAAGACGAUAGCUUCGACAAACUUUUACUGCAACGUAUGUUUUAUCAGGCUAUUGAGAUCACUGGAUCUUUGGAGGAACUUCAAAAAUUGAUGAAUCGUCAAACGUCAAGUAAAACAAUUCUGGACUUUGAUUUCAGUGACCCAAAAAAUUCAAUGAACGAUAAGAACAGAAUUCUGGCUACAACCAGUUUAGCUGAAAGGGAGCCUUGGUCAGCCGAAGCUUACGCAAAAUAUGAAUCGGUCACACAACAACUUCAGAUAGAAACAGAAGAUGAACGAAAGUUUCUACAGAAUUACCUCGUCAGAUGUUUAAAAAGUAUGACCGUAAAUUUUUUCCAUUUCUUCUGGUCACCCACGAAAAUCGAAGGUCAAGGACUUGCUUUAUGUUCAUUGGCAGCUUAUUUUGCACAUUCAUGUGAUCCAAAUGUGGAAAAGAUUGACGUUGACAAUAAGUUUGUGUUUAUUACGAAAAAGCCAAUCAAAGCAGGGGAACAAUUAUUCAUGAAUUACGAUAGAUUCAGCUUUUUAACACACACAUUAAAGGACCGUCAGGAUUAUUUCAACAAAAUUUAUACUUUCCAAUGUGCUUGCAAUGCAUGCAAAGACGAUUAUCCAAUGCUCAAUAAAUUACCAAGGAUUGAUGAGAAAUUUAUCGAACCGGAAACAAAGUUUGAAUCGAUUGCUGUAGCAAAACUUCAAUAUCAGAAAAAUUGCGACUACAUCAGUGCCAACAUGGAUCGAUAUCCAUGCUAUGAAAUUUGUUUACUAAUGAUCCAAAAUUAUCGUCUUUUACAUGCUAUUGGUAAUAAGCUUCCAUUUUAGGUAAUCUUAAUCAGGUAAUCAAAUUAAUAUUUCUUGCUUUUUGUUUUGUUUAUUAUUAAGUUUUGAUUCACUUAAUAAAUUUUAUUCAAUCCUAAUUUUGAGUAUAUUUUGUUUAACUGAAACAAGCUUAGCAACAUAAAGUUCAAAAGAUUUUUUCUUAUAAUUUUCAGAUUUUAUUAAUAAUAAAAUUUGUUUAAUUACAAUCAA